UAAACAAAACAUAAAGCAUGGUUUACAAACUAGAACUAUAAUGCUUCACAUAAUUGAAUGAGAAGUACAUAAUUUUUCUGGACCAAGGGCCACAGUAUGUUGAGGGCUCACUUGAGAAAAGUCACAGACAGGGCCAGAAGCAAAACUAAAUUUGAUUUGAUUUACAGUUAAACUUAACAUCAUUAAUAUGCUACUAAAACCAAACAGACUACAUGAUGAGGUAACAUGAUAGAUUAUUCCAGUCAGUAUUACUGUAAAUGGUUGAAAACUAGCACUAAACCAUUUUUUUUGUUAUUGUUUUGGUUUCUAGUAUUAAUCCAGCCAAUGGAAUUUAUAAAUCAUUUUUAAGGCUUUAAUCUACAAGCCAUUAUGGCUUCUUUAAUAAACCAUGCUUAAAAGAAAUGAUGCUUGGCACAAUAUAUAAACCCAUCUCUAUUUAAUAUAAAACAAAUGAAUAUAUUUCUGUAUAUGUAUGUUCAUGUAUGUAAAGUGCUGGAGGGUAAGAAUAUAUGCCAACCUUAUCUGGGCUUGGGAGCCUAGCAGGGUCAGACCUAGUUAGUUUGUGGAUGGGAGACCACCAAAACAUCCCGGGGCUGUAGGCUAAGCUGGGAAGCAGAAAAAGCAUCCUUGAGAUAAUGGAAACCGCUUCUGUGCUGCUGCCAUAAAAAUCAUCUGGAAGUGUCCACAAAAGAACCAGCAACUGAUCUUAUCUGAAGGAGAUUUUGCCAUGUUAACAACAUAUGCAUUGGACCAUACUAAAGCUGCCAUAUUGUAAACAUAUUGUAAAGCAAGAUCCUGCAGCCACUGAUCAGUCCUUGCAAAAAAUUCAGCCUUCCACAUUCUGCUUAGUGCAGAGUAAAGAUGCCCCACAACCACAUGUAAAGGACAGGGAUGUGUAGGGAGGGCUCGUAAGGCUUGGCCCCCGGGAUAAAGAGUCCUAUUCAGAUUACGCCCGUUCGCCACCAGAAAAGCGCCAGAUGAGAAGGACGCGGAAGUUAUCAAUCGAAGACAAACUUCCGUAGAGAGGAGGAUGGUACGACGAGCACCAAAUCAUCGCUCAGCAGAGUCUGUUUCUAGUUCCUUCGACGAGCGCCGAAUCAUCGCUCAGCACAGUCACUUUCUGGCUCCCUUCGACCGCUGGGUAGAAGGCGGUUGCUUGGAGCGACGCGGCCGGUGAGAGGGGAGGGGCAAGCCGAGGGGAGAGCCCUGCGUCAUGUCAAGGUCGCGAGGGUCAAGGAGGCGGGUCCUCGGUAGCCCAAACCCACCAUAACAACGACGGCGAUUCCCCGGAGCCGCGUCUUCGUUGCGGCCUCCUGUGCCGCCACCUUUGCGGAGGGGCCUCUGCGGCGCCGGGGGGAGGGAGCGCGGGGGAACGCCCGCAAUUCGACGCCAUGAAGCUCCGCGUACGGCUGCAGAGGCAGACGGCCCCGCUGGAGUUGCCAGAGGCGGAGCCACGGCUGGGGGAUUUGCGUGCGCACCUUGGCCAAACCCUCUUGCCCGCUUGGGGUUACAGUUCUGACAUCAAAUUUGCAAUAACAUUGAACAACAAAGACUCCCUUACUGGAGAUGAGGAAACGCUAGCAUCAUUUGGGAUUGUUUCAGGAGACUUGAUAUGUUUGAUAUUGGAAGAUGCUGAAGCAGAAUCAAGAGUAUUUCCAACUCACACCUCAUCCCUGUGUGCACAACAGAAUAAUCAUGAACCAUCCACUUCAGCCAUAUGUCACAACCAAUCCAAAAUCCUAGACAGUGAAAGACACUAUGGACAUCUAUCAGGCUAUAAAGUUCAAGAUAAUGUUCAGAUGAGUGACAAUACGGCAGAAUCCAGCCAAGCAUUUGCUUCAGAGGCUGUAUCUGAUGAUUUUGAUCUUCAAGAAGCUGCAGGUUCUUAUCCUUCGGAGCCAAUGCUUUGCUCUGAAGCUACAGAUGGGCAAGUACCACACUCUCUUCAGACCCUGUACCAUUCUGCAGAAUGUACCAGUGCCAAUGAUGCCUUGAUAGUUUUGAUCCAUCUUAUUAUGAUGGAAACAGGAUAUAUACCUCAAGGAACAGAGUCAAAGGCAACAAGAAUGCCUGACAAAUGGCGGAGCAGAGGUGUUUAUAAGCUACAGUAUGCUCACCCUCUCUGUGAAAAUGGCUUUGCUGCCCUUACUUGUGUGCCUUUGGGGGACCUUAUUGUUAUCAAUGCAAUGUUGAAGAUUGACAUUGACAUCAAAAGUGUGAAGAGAUUGCAGCUUCUGCCAGCUGCUUUUAUCUGCUUUGAAGACUCAGGAAAUGUUGCAGGUGUGUAUAAGGACCUUCAGAAGCUCUCUUGUCUCUUUAAAGAUCGAUUGGUAUACCCCCUUCUGGCUGCUGCUCGGCAAGCGUUGAAUCUACCAGAUGUGUUUGGCCUGGUGGUUCUUCCCUUGGAGCUGAAACUCCGGAUCUUCCGGCUCUUGGACUUUCGCUCAUUAAUUUCUUUGUCUGCUGUUUGCCAUGAUCUUUAUGCUGCUUCAAAUGAUCAGUUAUUGUGGAGAUUCAUAUAUUUGCGAGAUUUUAGAGAUCCUGUUGCCAGAUCUCGAGACACAGAUUGGAAAGAACUGUACAAGAAGAAACUGAAGCAGAAGAAAGAUGCACUAAAGUGGAGGCACAUGAUGUUUCUGCCCCCUCCUCCCCUCCCCAUGCCAUUUCAUCCCAGUCCACUGUAUCCCAAUCCUUUUUCUCCUAAUCCCCUUUAUCCCCCUGUUAUCAUUGGUGGUGAGUUUGAUGAAAGGCCAGCACUCCCCUACAUUGGUGAUCCAAUAAGCUCCCUCUUUCCUGGCCCUGCUGAGCUUCCAAGUCAGUAUCUUCCUCUCACCCCACACUUAGAUCCAUUCCCCACUUUGCCAUAUUUUGAUCCAUUUGUGUCAUUUCAAGAACCCAAUCCAACACUCCCAGGAAGAGCCAGUCGGAGCCGCCCAAUUGAUAGUCGCCGUGCAUUCAUAUGACAACUCUUUCAGUCUUGCCUAUAAAGUUUAAACCUCUCUUUGUGGGCUUACUUUAAAACUGUAGUAUACUUCAGCUUCAGAGCUAUGAUGUCUACUGUUUUAAAAUUAUGGCAAUGCAUACCUACUAUAGCAUCUUGAUUCCACAAACUUGGGCCCAACAAUUCAGUGCAAACAAUUUGUCCUGUCUCCCUUGGAAAUGGAGAUCCUUUUUGCAAGAAUAUUGUGGGACACUAUUCUUUUCAUUUUCAGUGGCAGGCUGCUUCUUAGAAAGUAAAAUGAAGUUCGCUUUUGUUGCAUCAGAUAAAAAGCACUUUAAAAUACAAUGAUGCUUGUCUGGGUUGUUUUAAUUUUUAAAUCUGCCAUUUAAAUAUCUCUGCUAUGUUCUUUUCUCCCAGUAAUUAGCCUGACUAAAUGCUUUUUCUGUUCUAUGCAAUAUCUGACAUGUGGAAGGCACAGGCUGCGAAGAUACCUGAUUUGAUUCUUCUUCAGACACUUUAUACUGAUUGAGAGGUUUUUUCCCCCUCUUUCUCUUUAUUACUUGAAAAGCAAUGUUGGUAUUAGGGAUUUCAAAGCACAAAGAAUACUGAGUUAAAAUUAUUAUUUUUUACACAUGAGAGAAUAAGACAUUGAACUGUUCACCUUACAAACAGUUGAAUAAUAACAUGCUACAGUACAACCCAGAAGAUGAGAAAUGGUGACCAAGAAUGUCGAAAGCUCUGGCAAAAAGUUGCUGCCUUUCUAUCCCAAUUGCUCUCUGGUAAAUAUCUGCAGAAUGUACCCUAAGUACUUUGUGAAAU